CCAAUCGGCAUUAUUCUUUAUGCAUCUGCAUAAAUCUAUCUCGUCACUCUAUUCUCUCUCACUUUCAUCUUUUCUAUCCUCGCCAUCACCAUGCGCUCCGCCGGCGACGACCCCGACGCCAAAUGCCCCGUCGACCAUCGGACACGUGAAGCUUGGCUCCAGGCUGCGAAAGCCAAGAAAGAGCAGCCUCAGUCCUCUCCUUCAGCAGUACAGCCAUCUUCCAUCCCAUCUCCGCCUCCCGCACGCUUCUCUCUUGAUACCUUAUCAUGGAACACUAUUUCCGAUAAACCUGUGCCAAAAGCUCCUAUCCUCCGAUCUCUGUCCACCGAUCGCGAAAUCUCCUCCAUUCCGCGUGCGAUCAACGAUACCUCCAAACUCAACUCCGCCGAGAAAGCCGCUCUUCCUACGAACUCCGAAGUCGAAACAGGCCAUGACACCUCCUCCGGAAACUGGAUCUACCCCUCGCAAUCCCAAUUCUUCGAAGCCAUGAAACGCAAAGGCCACGAAGCCAACCCAGCCGACAUGUCAAGCAUCGUGCCCAUCCACAAUGCAGUGAACGAACGCGCCUGGACACAAAUUCAAGAAUGGGAAAAGGGUUGGGGGUCAGAGAGAUGCGGUGGACCUAAGCUAGUCUCAUUCGCAGGAGAUAGUAAGAAAUUAACGCCGAAGGCUUACUGGAAUAUGUAUAUCAUGGGAUAUGCUCAGCCAUUUGAUCGUCACGAUUGGGUCGUCGAUAGGUGUGGGAAGAAGGUGGAUUAUGUUAUCGAUUUCUACAAGGGCAAAGACACGGGCAUGCCGUUGAGCUUUUUCCUGGAUGUGAGGCCUAAGAUCAACAGCUGGGAGGGCGUCAAGAUGCGCGUUGCGAGGACCUUUGGACUGGCUUGAGCGAUUACCGAUUUCAGAGCAGAGAAACACCACUACCUAUCGUGUGAUUAUGGAACCAGAUGGCACUUCCGGAGGUUACCUCGGGUAACUUUUGAGUCUACUGACUUGCCUAACCCUCCUGAAAGCAGGGCCUAGGUCUUCAUGAACCCCAGAGGGGCCAUAUUGCGCCUGAUCAGCUGGAAAGUGCUCUCUCAAGUGCGACUGUCUCGCGGCGACGGGAUCACUUGUUCGCAACAACACUUUGAAGUGGCUGCCUGCAAGUAUCGAGGUGUGCUUACUGCAAUGGCCCACUGCGUGACCGGCAGGAGCUUCAGGAAUCCUCUGUGGCAAUGGACCAAUUUUGCGAAGCCCGCAAGGCCCUUCAACCGGUCAGUUGCGAUUGGGGCAGCCGGGAGAAUAGCAUCCACUACUGGUUCCACACGCGAGACGGCAUUGGUCUAAGGUACAAGCAUCGCGACGU